AGAAGACCUAUGAAUGGCCAACAAGCACAUGAAGAAAUGCUCAAAAUCACUAUUCAUUAGGGAAAUGCAAGUCAAAACUAUAAGAUACCACCUCACACCCACUAAGAUGGCUACUCUGAAAAAAAUAGGGAACAAGUAUAGCAAGGAUGUGUAGAAAUUGGAACCCUUGAGCUCUGCUGGUGGGAAUGUAAAAUGAUAUAGUGACUGUGAAACAGUGUGGGGAUUCCUCAACAAACAAAAAAUAGAAUUACCAUACAAUCCUGCAAUUCCAUUUCUGGAUAUGUAUCCAAAAGGACCAAAAGGCAAGGACUUGAAGAAGUAUUUGUACACCCAUGUUCAUAGCAGCAUUACUCACAGCAGCUGAGAUGUGGAAGGAAUCCGAAUGUCUAGUGACAAAUCAAAGGAUAAGCAAAAUGUGUACACAUACAAUGUAGUAUUGUUCAGUUACAAAAAGGAAUGAUGUUCUGAGAUCUGCUGUAACGUGGAAGAACUUGGAGGACAUUAAUGCCUAGUGAAAUAAACCAAUCACAAGAAGACAAAUACUCUGUGAUUCCACUUUUAUGAAGUGAUUCCACUUUUAUGAGUAACUGGAACAUAAAGACAGUAAAUAUAAUAAUGGGUAUCUGGGGGUGGGGGACAGGGAGAAUGAGGGGUUAUCAGGGUGUGUGUGUGUGUGUGUGUGUGUGUGUGUGUGUGUGUGUGUUUUAGUAGGCUCUGCUCCCAGUCUGGAGCCCAAUGCAGGGCUUGAACCCACCACUCUGGGAUCAAGACCUGAGCAGAGAUCAAGAGUCAGAUGCUCAACUGACUGAGCCAUCCAGGCGCCCCUAAGGGUUUACUGUUUCAUGGGUAGAGUUUCAAGAUAAAAGGAGUUAUGGGGAUGGAUGGUGGUGACAAUGCUACAGUAUAAAUAUUUAAUACCACUGAACUGUAUGUACAUUUAAAAACAGUUCAGAUGAGGGCACCUGGGUGGUUCAGCUGGUUAAGCAUCUGCCUUCGGCUCAGGUCAUGAUCCCGGGGUCCUGGGAUCCAGCCCCUGUGUCAGGCUGCCUGUUUAUUAGCACAGAGUGUGCUUAUCUCUCUCCCUCUGCCACUCCCCCUCACCACAUGUGCUCUCUCUUGCUAAAUAAAUAAAAUCUUUAAAAAAUUAUAAAAACAGUUAAGAUGUUAAGUGUUACAUUUUGCCACAACAAAAAAUUUUAAAAAAAGAAUCAAGGGUGCAGAAGAUUGAUAAGAACCUAUCAAAUUUGCCCUCUCCUUUCCGCCGCCAUCCUGGUUGCGUGUGGUUGACUGUGAUCGCCAUGUCUUCUCACAAGACUUCCAGAAUCAAGCGAUUCCUGGCCAAGAAACAAAAGCAGAAUCAUCCUAUUCCCCAGUGGAUUCGGAUGAAAACUGGUAAUAAAAUCAGGUACAACUCCAAGAGGAGGCACUGGAGAAGAACCAAGCUAGGUCUAUGAGGAAGCAUCGCACAUCAUGAAAUAGCAAACAUAACUGGCACGCAUAUUUAAGCCGCAGGGAGGGAGAUCACAUGUUCCUAUCCUAUCAAUAUGGAAACAUCCUUCCUACCUGGCCAAUAGACAUGUCUUAUCAAGGGAAUGAUUUUCUCUGUUACUAUGCCCCUAUACCAGUAGGUUGGUUCAGUAAUAAAUGUGAGACCUUUCAGCUGA